AGAGCGACCCAAAUACCCUUUUCGUCUCUCUCAUCUUGUUUUUCUUGCUACACCUCGAUAACUGCCCCUGUCGUCCCUCUUUUCUUGAAAAAUACCACAUAUUCUAUAUUAUAUCUCUAUAUGUCUCACUCAUCUUCCCUUUUGCUCUGUCUCUUUCAAGAAAUUAGUGUGUGUGUGGGACUACAUUUUUGACUCACACAACUCUUUGCCCCUCUGGUUUCUUGAAAUUAGGGUUCUUGGUAACUUUUUUCUUAACAUGAAUCACUCACAUUUCUUGGUGUCAUUGUCUCUGCAUGUCUCUUUUUGAUCUGGGUUCAAAUUUUCAACCCAUUUUCUGAUCUGGGUCUUGCUUCUGUGGUGCUUUUACCCAUUUUCAAGAACACAUUUUGUUAAAGAUCAUGGAAAAGUUUGAAGCUUUGAAGCUUGAAUUUAAAAUCCCUAUAUGGGUUGUGUGUAAAAGUGUUGGAACUCAUGUGGGUAUGUGAUUUUUAGGGUUUUGGAGUUGAAAUUAGGGUUUGGGAGAAUAAUGGGGGUGGGUCCUGAAUCUGUUGAAACUAGGGUUUUGAAUGUGGAGAAAGUGAAAGGGAGCAAGAAGAAAGAAGAUGAUGGUGAAGAAACAGGGUGUUGGAUUAAGUUUAGAUUGUUUGGAAGGUGUAUAUCUUCAAGGGCUAAAGUUGAAAGCUCCAUUAGUGGCAGCAGCACUCAAUAUGCUGAAAGUAAAUCAACAAAUGAUACUAGUACAGGCCAACCGGUCGCUCCGGUUGCUUCAUCUUCAACCACUAGCAAUGGAGAAAGCAUUACAUCUCCUCCAAAUAUAACCGAAGAACUCAAAAUAGCAUCUCAGCUUCGUAAAUUCAACUUUGUUGAGCUUAAAUCAGCAACAAGAAAUUUUAGACCCGAGAGUCUACUCGGUGAGGGUGGCUUUGGUUGUGUUUUCAAAGGAUGGAUCAACGAGAACGGGACCGCACCUGUGAAGCCCGGCACCGGUCUAACCGUUGCUGUCAAAACUCUAAACCAUGAUGGACUCCAGGGUCACAAAGAAUGGCUCGCGGAAGUUAACUUUCUUGGUGACCUUCUACAUCCAAAUCUGGUUAAACUAAUCGGCUUUUGCAUCGAGGAUGAUCAAAGGCUGCUUGUUUACGAGUUUAUGCCUCGUGGAAGCCUCGAAAAUCAUUUAUUCAGACGGUCACUACCUCUGCCUUGGGCUAUGAGAAUGAAAAUCGCACUCGGUGCUGCAAAGGGUCUUGCCUUCCUUCACGAGGAAGCCGAAAGACCCGUCAUAUAUCGAGAUUUUAAAACGUCAAAUAUUUUACUCGAUGCGGACUAUAAUGCAAAGCUUUCUGAUUUUGGACUUGCAAAAGACGGCCCGGAAGGCGAUAAAACUCACGUGUCUACUCGAGUGAUGGGUACAUACGGUUAUGCAGCUCCCGAGUAUGUGAUGACCGGUCAUUUGACAUCAAAGAGUGAUGUCUACAGUUUUGGCGUUGUGUUACUCGAGAUGAUAACCGGGAGGAGAUCAAUGGACAAAAACCGGCCAAAUGGCGAGCAUAACCUCGUGGAAUGGGCACGACCGUAUCUCGGGGAGCGAAGAAGGUUCUACAAAUUGAUAGACCCUCGUUUGGAAGGUCGUUUCUCAAUAAGAGGUGCACAGAAGGCAGCUCAACUGGCUACCCUUUGUCUUAGCCGUGACCCAAAGGCUAGACCGCUCAUGAGUGAGGUUCACGAAGCACUGAAGCCCCUCCCAACCCUAAAGGACAUGGCGUGCGCUUCCCCAUAUUUUCAGGCCAUCCAGUCGGAACGUACUGGAAGUAAUUCAAGUAGUAGAAAUGGGUUGAAGGGGCAGCCGAUGAGGAGUUUAUCAAUUUCAAACUCGCCGUAUAACCUGAAUCAACCUUAUCGGUCUCCAAAACCGGUCCAAUAGCUUUCAGUGAUGUCAUGAUUCUGUAAACAUGUGAAUUUGCUGAUUGAUGAAUUGGUGAUGUUUUGUUUUAUGGUAUUGCUGAAACCUUUGUUUUGUUUGCAUCUUUAAUGUUUAAAGUGUUUAUGGCUGCACUUCUGUUUUA